AUGCAGCCCAAAGCUCCCGAGAAGUCUUCCCCUUCGACCACCACCAACGACCACACCAACGGCCAUACAAACGGCUCCUCAUCCUCCCACAAGUCCUCACACAGCAAAUGGGACAUGGACUCACCCUCCACGAUCCGUCAAAAGUUCCUCCCCUUCCCGUCCGACCUGGGCGUGGUCCUCGUUGGCUUUUCUGGCGGCCAAUGCAAAGAAGGUGUGGAUGCCGCUCCCACGGCGUUGGUCGGGGCAGGGCUGCUCAACCAGAUCCAGGAUGAGUUGGGAUAUACACUCCACGGGGACACAGAGGUCCGCAAUUACAACGAAAUACGCCCUUCUUCCGAUGAACCGUACAGAGGAAUGAAGAACCCCCGUUCAGUCAGCGCUGUCACGGAGAAACUCGCAACCCAAGUCUACGAACAAGCUCGCCACGGCAGAAUGGUCUUGACAUUAGGAGGCGAUCACUCUGUAGCGAUCGGCACCAUCGCGGGCACAGCCAAGGCCAUUCGUGAACGGUACAAUGGGCGCAAAGAGAUUGCGGUCAUCUGGGUCGACGCUCACGCCGACAUCAACACGCCCGAGACGUCCGAGUCAGGGAACAUCCAUGGCAUGCCAGUUGCGUUCGCCACCGGCCUGGCGCAUUCCGACGACAAGGAUAUUUUCGGCUGGUUACAAGAAGACCAAAAACUCUCGACCACCAAGCUGGUGUAUAUCGGUCUGCGCGACGUGGACAGAGGUGAAAAGAAAAUCCUACGUGACCACAGGAUCAAGGCUUUCUCCAUGCACGAUAUCGAUCGCCACGGUAUUGGAAGAGUGGUGGAAAUGGCCCUCGCGCAUAUCGGGUCGGACACUCCCAUUCACCUAUCUUUCGAUGUGGACGCCUUGGACCCUAUGUGGGCCCCCAGCACCGGAACGCCUGUUAGAGGAGGCUUAACGUUGAGGGAAGGGGAUUACAUCGCCGAAUGCGUCCAUGAAACCGGGCAAUUGGUGGCCAUGGAUCUGGUCGAGGUGAACCCUUCUCUGGAUGUGGCCGGGGCAAGCGAAACCGUGAGGGCAGGGGUGAGUCUUGUACGGUGUGCGCUGGGCGAUACCCUACUGUGA